AUAGUGUUCCACAAGCUUAAGCAUUUAGCCAAAUGUCUCCACCCCAAGUUGAAUCCACAGCUAAGAAACUACAAUGUGGUAGCAACUUCACCAUACAAGAAGACGUGCUUCUUGAGUCCGCAUUUCUCAAUGUCAACCAAGAUGUAGUGCAAAGCACUAACCAAAAACGCACAACAUAUUGGUCAAGAAUUUGGGAGUAUUACCACCAAUGGAAGACCUUCACUUCUGAGCGUACGAUGAGUUCUCUAAUGAACCGAUGGUCAACGAUUCAACUUUGCACCAAUAAGUUUUGUGGGUGUUUGGCACAAAUUGAAUCAAAGAAUGAAAGUGGUAAGACUAAUGAAGACAAGCUUAAUGCAGCAAAAGAGCUCUAUCAAGUAUUGCAGCAUACCAAAUUUCAAUAUGAACAUUAUUGGAAUUUAUUAAAGUACUCACCAAAAUGGUUGGCUAUUGGUAACAGUCAGCAACCAAAAAAAAGAGGGAGAUCUGAGCCAUCUUCACCUUCUAAUCUAGAGUCAAUAAGUUUAGAGGAUGAUGAUAUUCCACAGGUUCCAAUUGUAAACUUGGAGAGACCACCAGGGGUGAAGGCCCAAAAAGAAAGAUUGAAGAAACAAAAGUCCAGAGAAGGCACGACUUCACAUAUAGAAGACAUAUUGAAUGUCAUGAUGGAUGAAAGAAGAAAAAUAAGUGAGAUGAAAAUGACUUGUAUUGAGAAAGGACGUCUUGUAAACCAGGAGCAUGAUAUGGCACGAAUUCAACUUAAGGAUAAAAAACUUGAAAUAGCAAGAAUGAAGGAGGAAAAUGAAAUGGAGAAAUUGAGAAUGGAAAAGCUGAAGGAAGAAAAAGAGCUUAUGAUGAUGGAUGUAAGUAUGUUGUCUCCACUGCAGCAAGAAUAUAUUCGUCAAUGUCAAAUGGAAAUCCUUGAAAAAUGAAGGUCUUGUUCUUAGACUAUUAUCAUCAUCAAUGCUCUUAUGUUGUAUAUGAU